CCCCUUUAACAAGCCAGCAUUAGAAGGUGACCAUUACAGUGUCCAUUAAAAGCCAAAUACACAUUUGUGAUAAUAUCUUUUGUUUUAUUUUUGUUUGUUUGUUUGUUUUUCAGAAGGGUGGAGGCCGUAUGCAGUACAAAUGUUUUAAAGUAGUAUGCAAGAUUGUUGUCACUUGAGAUCAUCACAGAAAUGUUAUAUUAUUUAGAUCAGAUUAUUCAUAUUUCUAUCUAGUUUUGUGUAAAAUAUCUUCACUUUUGGUGGUGUGAGUUAAAUAAGAUGGAAUACAGGGAUACAGUAGUGCACAUAGUGUGUACUGCACAUUUCAGCAAAUCUAUUCCAUGCAUGCUAACAUUUCACAUGCUGCAGAAAUAGCAGGACUGGUUUGCUAGUAUGCUGUACACGUUUGUGUAUUUGAGUGUAAGCAAACAUCACAGUAGCUCAAAUAUAAUCCAGUAACAUGUCAGUGUGUGUGUGUGUGUGUGUGUGUGUGUGUGUGUAGCGCAUCACGGUAGUGUUUUAUUAGCUGUGCUUUAAACCUAGAGAUCUGCAAUCAUGUCUGGGGGACAGUCAGCUCGCUGGGAUUGAGACACGGCCCUACUGCAGUUCAGUGUGUGGCCCACAGGAGGCGCAAGGACAGCGGUGUUCACUGCGCAGCUCAGCUGAGCUCGAGACUGAAGCGCGUUCAUCAUCAUCAUCAUCAUCAUCAUGUCCACGGCGGAUCACACAGUCAUGCGCGGCAUCUGGGGCAGGAACGCGCCCGCGGGGAACGCGAUGGAGAAGCCGAAGAACAAGGGCUUCAGUCUGAUCAAGAUGAUGUCUCUGAAUUACAGAAAGGAGAAGAAUCCACAACAGCAGCAGCAGCAGCAUCACAACAACAUGCCCUUCAUGAUCCACAGCCACAUCGGCAAAGAGAUCAAGCACAUAUGCAGCAACUGCAGCCGCGUCAGCCACGCGCAGGACGAGGAGGUGGAGAGGCUGGCCUCCGUGGUGUCCGGAUCACACUGCAGGAGCAGGUUCGGCUCUCUGGGACGCCUCUUAAAACCCUGGAAGUGGAACAAGAAGAAGAGCCAGGACUUCACACAGAUGUCAACCGCUCUGGAGAGGAAGAUGUCGGUGCGUCAGAGCCGAGAGGAGCUGAUCAAACGAGGAGUGCUGAAGGAGAUCUUUGAGAAAGACUCCAGGAGCACAGCUGUGACACCGGCCGACCAGAUGAAGAACACACUGCCCUCAGACUGUGAGAGGACGUCCGAGGACCGCCAGAGGACCGACACCGCUGACUUCCGUGUGUCUCUGGACGGGGGGCUCUGUGCUCAGGACAACACACUCAAGUCACUCACACUUCCUCCCAAGAAAACCGUCACCUUCCCGAGUGACCUUCAGGAGCCACCGGCCAAACCUCCGCUCAUCCACAAACAGCCUCCCGCCCUGCCGCCCAAACCCUUCUCCAGACGGACCAAUCACAGCACAGCUGAGACACAGACCUGCUCCAGACUGACCAAUCACAGCACAGACCCAUGUCUGCAGGGGAAGCCGUGUCCUCAGAAGCUGGUUCUGUACUCGUCUUCAUGGGGUCAGUGCUGUGGUCCCCUGCAGCUGCAGUACAGCGCCGCUCACCCGUCCAGCCGGAUCAUCCUGGAGCUGCAGAAGACGCUGGCGCUCACCUUACACAGACUCGACAGCUCUGCGGUUCACACCGGUCAGUACAGCGCUCCUCUCCGGGCCGUGGACAUCGACUGUGACGCUGAUAAAGAGAACAUCCCCAACGAGUCUGACUAUCAGGACCUGCCCUGCGUGUAUAAAGAUGAAGAGCAGGAGGAGGACGAGGAGGAUGAAGAUGAUUCGCUCUUUACAAACGCUCUGGUGCUGAAGAUCUUGAGGAAGGACUCUCUGGCGGUGAAGCUGAGUAACCGGCCGUCUCCGAGAGAACUACAGGAGAAGAACAUCUUACCUGUCCAGACGGACGAGGAGCGACUGCAGUCCAGACAGCUGAUCGGCAAAAAACUCACAGGGAGACUGAGUCAGAGACCCACGGCUGAAGAGCUGGAGCAGAGGAACAUCCUCAAACCUCAUAAUGAGGAGGAGCAGAUGGAGGAGAAGAGAGAGAUCAGACGCCGGCUCUCACACAAGCUCAGUCAGAGGCCCACGGUGGAGGAUCUGCGUCGAGCUCGGAUCCUGACCCGCUUCUGUGAUUACGUGGAGGUGUCGGACGCUCAGGACUACGACAGACGAGCAGACAAACCCUGGACGAGACUCACCGCGGCGGAUAAGGCUGCCAUCAGGAAAGAGCUGAAUGAUUUCAAGAGUCAUGAGAUGGAGGUGCACGAGUCCAGCCGUCAUCUGACCAGGUUCCACCGGCCCUAGAGAACAUCCUCAGAUCAGCGGGUUCUCCAGCACCAGCGCGUCCCACAGUCGAGGGUCACCUUCAGCGGA